AGUUUGUUGAUGCGAUAUGCUGGUACAGUCAAGAGAAAGCAUUUGGAGUUAGUUUCCUGAGUUAGUAUUGGGAAAUACAAGUACAGUAUCUCUCUUGUGUUGUCUGGGAUGCGUAUCAGCGUCUUGUCAGCAGUUAAUCAACGCCUCUGCACCAUGCAGACAGUGCUUAUUGGCCUUGAUUCGUUACGCUCUUCUUCUGACAUUCGACAUAACGCAGAAUCUUCUGGCCAGCUUUCCCCAAUUGCAGAUGUCCGGGUGCGAAGAUCCAUCGCUCAUAGCGGAGUUUCCUCGAUGGAUGAGGAAAAGAAAACCCAUCCUCUGAUUUUCGAUGAAUACGAGGAAUCAGGAGCCAGGACCACACGUGAUGGUGGAUUGGAUGUCCCAGAUUCGCAGGCACUGCGACUGCAAAUGACGAUCGCAUGGAAUGUUUCAAUCAGAUCGCGUUAUGGGCAGGUCAUCCAGGCGCCUGGGCAUUUAGGCCAUUUAGGCCAACAAGUCAAGAUCGUUGCCGAACCAAGUAAAUUCACACUUGAAUCAUGUUUGAGGGACCCCCAGGAAGCACUGCACUGGUCCAUGGUUUCAUCUGGUGGAUCCACAGUGGGAUCUAGAACCGUGAGUUGGGCGAUUCGGCAGCUCGAGACGCCAAUCCGAGAAAAGCACGACUAUCGAAUCAUGGGUGUCACGACGGCGCUUACCUAUCGCAAUGAGUUGGAGGGGAACAGGGGGGUUUUGGUCCGAGUCUGGGUUUCAAAUUACCCGCGGAAAGCAUCCAAACGGCGCGCAUGAGUCGGGAAGCAUGAGCGGACACGGUGGACUGCAGAGCCUAGAGUCUAGCCAAGUAAUAGUAAUGCAAGAGUAGACUAUCUCACAGCGGCUGGGUGGAAAAGUGGCAUGUCACAGUUUGGAUGCGACUCAAAAAAAAGUACGUGGACUAGU